UAAAGUAGCUGCCUCUACUAUAUAUUCCACACACUCUUCCCGAUAUCGAAGCUUCUGUUCCUCACUUCUCUCUCUCUCUCCUCUCCGACAUCAACAUAUUUUUCUCCGAUGGGUUUUCCGGUCGGUUACGCCGAGGUCUUCUUCCCCAACCCCUUCCUCCACACACUGGCCUUCCUCGGCCUCCUACGAAACCUCGUCUUCUUUCUCUUCCACCUCCUCGGACUCUCCGACUUCCUCGAAACCGAGGUCGCAUGGCCGGACCCCCGCAUCCCCGCCACCACCGCCGCCGUCUCCAGACCUCCCUCCGUGUCGGCGCUACUCAUCAGGGACAUCCUCCCCGUCGCCAAGUUCGGAGAGUCUGAGGAAAACUCCUGCGCCUGCGCCGUCUGUCUGUUCGAGUUCUCCGAGGAGGAGGAGAUUCGGCGCAUGCGGAACUGCAAACACAUUUUCCACCGCGCCUGCGUGGACCGUUGGAUCGAUCACGAUCAAAAAACAUGCCCUCUCUGUAGGACCCCCUUUGUGCCUGAUGACAUGCUUGAUGAUUAUAAUCAACGUCUCUGGGCUGCUUCUGGAAUCAACGAGUUCUACUCCGAUUACACUUCUUCUUUCUGAUUUCCAAUUUCUUCAACUUUUCUCUCUCUAUUUCUAUAUAAUCAAUCAUGAAAGUGAAUUGUACAUAACAAAGUAAAAAAUAAAAGAAAAUUUUGAACAA